AUGCACUUUUCCACUGUCCUAACUGCCGCUGCUACUUUAGCAGCAGGCGUUGAGGGGUACCUCUACACAGUCGGCCUCCCCAAGACGAUCAAGCCAGGCGACGUGUUUAACGCAACCGUCACGACCGGCAUCAUGCAGCCGAGGCAGGAAGUUAUGAUCUGGGGUCUGACUCGAUACGACCGCGAGUGGAACAGUGGCCCGUACCCUGGAAGCAUCGGUACUGAGUUUGCCAGAACGAAUCUGCGAGAGGUGCUCAAGGGAACUUACAAUGAUACCAUUCCGGGCCUGAAGAUCCCUGAAUCCACGGUGCACGGCGACUACGGUAUCCAAGCAGUGAUCCUGCAGUGGUCGGGCGUGACGAACACGCCGUCGCUCGAGACGUGGUUCUGGGAUGUUACUGUCGGUGACUCUACAAGCGAGGAGCGGGUCUGGAGUGACUUCAGAGGGGAGAAAUCGAGAAGUUGCUGGCUUCAAUGA